UCCAUUUCUCUCUAUCUCUUUUUUUUAAUACAAAAUGAAGUUUGCUAUUGUCGGAUUGAUGGCUUUAUCUCUUGUCUCUGCACAAAAUGCUACUUCUGAUGUUGCAUCCUCUGUUGUUGUUGCAACCACAACAACCAUUACACCAACAUCGACUACAACAUCAAAUUGUGCUGUUCAGAGCGUCUUUGACUUGUGCUUAAGUAACCAAGACGAUUAUGUCAAGAGAUGCCAACCUCAAGAUUAUGCCUGUUUGUGUACUACAAAUAAGCAAAAGUUAUCUUGCUGGGUGAAUUGUCCCAACGAUUCAGGCAAAGGCACACAAGAAGGAAUAGUUCAAGAAGCUUGUUCAAUGCCUGGUGCCAAUGUAUCUGUCACUCCAUGGUCUAGCUCUGCAGCUCCCACUUCUACAAACAUUGUUGCCAGCAGCAGUAUUCCUGCCUCCUCUUCAAUUGCACCUGCAACCCCUACAAAAGCAGCUUCUGGUUCUUCUGCUUUAGACAUCGGAAAUACUGCUUUUGCUCUUAUCGGUGCUGCUAUUGUUUACAUGAUCUUCUAAUCCUCUUCUUUUUGCUUUCUUAAUAAUAAUUUUAAUCAUUAAAACUACUUGUUAAUCUAUGCGAUACAUUACAGCCUUUGUCUUUCUCUCUCUCUCAC